GGGAGGAAGAGCAGCGCAGAGAGAGAGACUGGGAGAUCAGAACGAGAUCACAGCAGCAACAGCAGGAGGAGGUGUUGAUCGCUAAGAGAAUUGAGGGGAUCGCCAGCAGCCGUCGUGGGAAGUAGAGCGGAGACGUGUGCAAGAGCACAUCAGCAGCGGCGGCGCGAGACGAUGAGGGGCGUUGACGCGUGUACAGCAGGAGCAUUCUUGGCUUUGAUGGGCGUCACACGAGGCUUUGUCCCAUACGGGACACCCGCCAUCCGAUCGGCCGCUGCUACCUUGGGCGGCAGUCGCACUAGCGAUAGCACGAGGCGGGCACGACAAGAAACCUUGCGGCCAACCUUCUCUGCCCUGCAGAUGCACCAGGUCACUAUUGAGCACGAGGGAACGUCCACCGUGCUGGAGGUGGACGAAAACACGACGAUCCUUGAGGCCGCCCUCGAUAACGACAUCGACCUUCCGCACGACUGCAAGCUGGGGGUGUGCCUGACGUGCCCCUCCAAGGUGGUGAGCGGGGAGGUGGACCAGAGCGACGGGACGCUGGAGGACAGCGUCACGGCGCUGGGAUACGCGCUGACGUGCUGCACAUACGCCAGGUCGGACGUGACGAUCCGAUCGGUAGAAGAGGACGAACUCGUCGGCGCCCAGUUCAGCGAUCGAUCAUAGUAGAAGGAAGGGGCACAUCAGGCCAUGCUCUGCUUGCACCACGCACGGAUCCAAUAAGCCUGUUAAAUCACGUUUGGGAAGAGCAUUUUCCAUUUUGCAAGAGGGUAGAGUACGGUGGGGCUCACUGGUGAAGGGCGUGGGAUCCACGGCUGGGCUUCUGGGGGGUGAGAGGAAUUAAAAAUACUCAACUCUGCGUGAAGGUUUGUAUCAGGCAUGAAGCAUGGGAGAGGUUGGCACACUUUUACGGGAAAGUACUCUGUGCGCCUCGGGUGUAGGCUGACCGGAGGGGAUUUGUGCGAGAUUAGAGCGCUGCUAUCGCACAUGCAGGGUGCCAUGCUGGCAAUCCAACACGCUCGCUAUGCAACGACCAAGUGAAAUGGCUUGAGUCUGGCGCGGAGGUAGAUACAGCUUAGAGAAAUGUUGCUGGAAGUGGUAGGUUGUAUUUUGCGGGGAUAUCUUGCGAAUAUGGACGUACAUGGCGGGAAAGAGCGAGAGCCCUCGAAGCGUCAGAGUUCAUGGUUCGGAAGUGCUCCACAAGCAGGUGGCAAAAAAUUUCUCCAGAACCCAGAACAACCCUUCGAAGCCGGUCCCCAGGGAGGGCGAGAGGGAGCUAGAUCAAGAGAGGGGAGAAAGCUGUGGCAGAGGCCGUCUCUCUUGUCCAUUGAGAGCUGCUUGGCUGCUGAAACGUGUGGCAGAGAGCAGGCGAGGCAUGCCAUUUUUUUUUCAGCACGGGAAGCAGUCGAUGGUGCUAACUGUCUGUGAUACCCUCGAUAGCAGCUUCUGAGUUUUUAGAUAAUUCACCAAAGACUUAUAUCGCUUUCAAGCAGAGUUCGAUGUGACGUGCAGAUGUAUGUUGAUGUUGGACGAUUGGCGGCUAGAACUCUUUGGACGAACGUCCGGUUUCUCGCGCAGUCUCCUUGUUAUGCAUUUUCCUGGCUUUGUAUGAAGGACGGAUUGCAUCACCUAC